AUGCCUCAAGCCAUCAAGCUAAAAGCACCGAAUGGUCAAGAGUGGGAGCAGCCGACGGGCCUCUUCAUCGACAACGAAUUCGUGGAUUCAUCAUCCCCAGCAAACACAAUAGCAUCAAUCGACCCCGCCACGGAAAAGCAGAUUGCUGUAGUACAGGCUGCGUCAGAGCAAGACGUUGAUCGUGCAGUCCAAGCAGCGAAGAAAGCACUGAAGAAUCCAGAAUGGAAGCAACUUUGCGUUACUCAACGUGGGCGACUCAUGGCAAAGCUUGCAGACUUGAUGGAAGAGAACAAAACGCUUCUUGCCACUAUCGAUGCUUGGGAUAAUGGCAAGCCUUAUAAUGUAGCCCUUACCGAAGACCUCCCUGAAGCGUUUUCUACCAUUCGCUACUACGCUGGUUGGGCAGACAAGAUUUCCGGACAGACCAUCAGUACGACCCCCCAAAAGUUUGCAUAUACCCUACGCCAGCCCAUCGGUGUCGUCGCCCAGAUCAUCCCUUGGAACUACCCUUUAUCCAUGGCUUGCUGGAAACUUGGACCUGCGCUAGCGUGCGGUAAUACGGUUGUAUUAAAAGCAGCGGAGCAGACCCCACUAUCAAUUCUCAUUCUGGCCAAACUUAUCAAGCAGGCUGGGUUCCCACCUGGCGUCGUAAAUAUCUUGAAUGGGCUUGGACGGGAAGCAGGUGCAGCGUUGGUACAACAUCCCCUCGUCGACAAAGUCGCUUUCACAGGCUCUACGACUACAGCUACCCAAAUCAUGAAGAUGGCCGCAGUAGGGCUGAAGAACAUUACUCUAGAGACUGGAGGCAAGUCCCCGUUGAUCGUCUUUGAAGAUGCCGAUAUGGACCAGGCGGUACGAUGGUCGCACGUGGGUAUCAUGUCGAACCAAGGGCAGAUAUGCACAGCCACGUCUCGAAUACUUGUCCAGGAAUCAGUGUUUGAUACAUUCGUCUCUCAAUUCCGUCAGCAGAUUAAAAAUGUUUCCAUCAUCGGUAAUCAAUGGAGCGAAAACACUUUCCAGGGCCCUCAAGUCACGAAGCAGCAAUAUGAGCGAGUGCUAUCGUAUGUCGACAUCGGUAAAUCUGAAGGGGCAGAGCUGAUAGAAGGCGGAGAGGCUUGCGAAGGCAACGGCUACUAUGUCAAGCCGACAGUAUUUACAAAGGUCUCGCCCAACAUGCGCAUCUACCGAGAGGAAAUCUUCGGCCCCUUCGUAGUGAUUGCCACUUUCUCAAGAGAAGAGGAGGCGGUGAACAUGGCCAACGAUUCAAUUUUCGGUCUUGGUAGUGCUAUCUUCACAAAGGAUCUCGAAAGAGCUCACAGGGUGGCUGCGGAGAUUGAAUCGGGCAUGGUAUGGGUAAACAGCAGUCAAGAUUGCGACUACAGGAUACCUUUUGGCGGCGUGAAACAAAGCGGUAUUGGAAGAGAGCUUGGGGAGGCAGGACUGGAGGCUUACUCACAGGUGAAGGCAGUACAUAUUAACAUGGGCAACAAGCUGUAA